GACGCAUCCUUAUCCUUGAGAGAAUAAAAAAAAAACAAUUGAAAAAGCGCUUCAGCGCGAAACCGGAACCGCGCGUCGGCGCUAAUUGUGACAGUUCUUUUUUUAAAUUAUGGAUUGUUGAUUGCAUCAUUAUGCUUUACGUGUUGAUUUUUUGGCCAUUUUUGUUUGCGUCGGCUGUUCUUACGCUGACCAUUGACUCUCAUUUGGGAACUUCGGUGGAAGAUUGCUUCGAGCGUGUCUCAAUUGGCGAACAGAUACCGAACAGCGCCAUCUAUCGGAACGUGUCUGAGCUUACAACAAAAGAGUGCGAGCAAAUCUGCAAACAGGAUAAACAAUGCCAAGCAUAUGCAUAUGGAAUUGGUGCCAAAGGAAACUCAAGUUGCGAUUUGAGCAAAAUGAGUGAAAAGGAUAUCAAAGAUGAGAAUGUUCUGCAACGCAACCCUGACUAUGAUGUCUAUGCUCGAAGAAUACAAUGCGAGCAGAACCCACCAAAACCAAUGGACCCAGAAUUCGAGGUAUCAGCCCCGGCACCUCAACACCGACCUGUGUUUAGACCUGAAGAAGAUGAAAAACGUCCACUUGCUGAUGAUUACGAAAGUAGACCAUACGGUCAAUUGAAACCAGAACCAAGUUAUGAUCAAAAUGAAAGACCAGAUGGAUACAACCAAAUUCCAGCUUACAGUAGACCUCCUAGCUAUGGAGACCACAGACCUCAGGAAAUUCCGUACAGACCAAGGCCAAUCCUCCGACCAAAUUACUAUGACGUUAUGAACUUCCACGGGAAUCGACCUCAAAGCUACCGCCCAGAUCCUUUUUACCCAGAAGAAGAUAAUAUGCAAGAUAUUUACGGUUCAAAACCUAUUCGCCCACAAUAUAUUAAUCCUGAUUACACCCCAGAACAACCGCAAUACCAAUAUAUAGUAAGACCUAACAGAAAACGUCCCCCUAGACCAUCGCAAGAUGAAGGAUAUAAGCCAGAUAUAGGUCAAGAACCUAGUUCAGGAUAUGGUCAAAAGCCAAAUAAACCUAAUUAUAAUAGUCAGUAUGCUAGUAACUACGGAAAUUCUCAGGAUAACUCUAUUUAUGUUGAAAUUUACGAUCCACCGAGACCGUACAGACCAUAUGAAAGACCGUAUUAUGGAAUUUCUCAAGGGUCUUCAGCUCAAAAUUACGGUCAAAACCAAGGACAUAAUAGUAAUUCAUACAAUCAUGGUUCAUGGAGUCAAACUGGUUAUGGACAAAGUCAAAGCUACAGACCACAAAAACCAGCUUAUGGUGCAGGCGAGAUUAAUGAUUAUAAUACGUAUAAUAACGAUAAACCAUCAAAUCAAAAUUCAUACAUUAGUCAAAGUAAUAGUGAAAAUUCUCAUGCAAGUCAAUCGUCUUAUGGCGAUAGUCUGUACGCCAAUGAACGCCCAUUAUAUGCUCAAAAUUAUAAUAAACCAAGUUACAAUGAAAAUACAAACUCAUAUGGAACAGGACAUGGUGACAAUUAUAACAGUUAUUUGGGCUCUAAUUAUGGAAGCAACAUACCACCCUAUGGUUCAAGCCAAACUUACAGCCCACAUAAUACUCAAUCUUACGGAGGCAGUCAGACACAAAACUCAAAUGGAUAUGCUGCGAGCCAUAGCUAUGGCUCACAAUAUUCUCAAUCAAAUGGUGCUAGUCAAACUCAUAAUUCAAAUGGCUAUAGUACAACUCAAAGUUAUGGCGUUCAAAAUUCCAACGCUCCUAGUCUCGCAUCAAGUUACGGUGAAAAUAAUUACAAUCAAAACCUCCGUCCAUAUGGUGCAACGCAAAAUACAAAUGGAUUAGAGAAUUAUGGCUCCCAAAGCUCUUAUGGCUAUGGAAAUCAAAAUCAGUACUCCAAGCCCACAUAUAGUCAGUCAAGUAAACCUAAUUACGACGACAAUUCGGUAUUUGGCAGCCAUCUUGGAUAUGGUACCCAUCACUUAUACGAUACUUACGAAAAGCCAACAAAACCAAUGAAACCAGCUAUUUACAAUGAUGAUGAUAAUCAAACCUUUAACGAUCCAGGUUUGUCAAAUGUGAGGCCAGUUUAUGAGAAUAUUGAUGAUAAACCGGAUGGUCCUAGUUAUAUUAGUCGACCCAAUGGACAUGUUAUCACAACCCGACCAGUUACGAUUGGUGAUUAUGGCGAGAGCUCUUAUGGAAGAAAUCCUGGUGCAGUUUCUUAUAAGGCGUGCUUCAGACGGGUUUUAGCUGGUCGUCGAGCUCUCCGCAGCCACGUCCGUCGCGUCGUGGACUGCGAGAGGCUGGAGGACUGCAGGAGGGAAUGUGCUACAGAGAAGAGGUUUCAUUGCGAGAGUUUUAACUACAGAUUGGACACGACCUUCCAAGGCAAAGGUCUCUGCGAACUGAUGACCAAACCUAUAGAAGCGUUCGACAUUCGCAACGAUUUCGUAGAUGACAAGGACUAUGACUUCUUCGAACUUGACCGAAACAGCUUGGAACCGAACUGCCCUGAAACUCUACGUGGUCCAGGGCUCCUGCAUUCAGGCUACCUGUCAUCAAAAGGUGGAAUCAGUGACAGAAUAGAUUGGAAUGGUUACAGAGAUCAUAAUCGGUAUGAUGAAAAAAGGCAUUACAAUCAGAAGAGACGAUAUGAGAAUUAUGUACCGUACCAAAUUGGUUACGGUAGAGUAAACGAUAACGAAAACUGGGGACAAUAUGGUGGAAACUAUGGUGGAAAUUCUUAUUAUAAAGACAGGAGUGACUUCCACAAAUCUUAUAACCACUGGCGGUUAUCAGACUCGGAUAGACAUGUAAAAAUCAUCAAGGAUUUCAACUAUCAUAAUCUUGGAAGACAUGAAAGUCAGUAUGGCUAUGGUAAUUCUUUUAAGCAUUCUGGUUAUGCCUCUGGAUAUGAUGAUUCGGGAAGGAAUAGAAAAUAUUCUGACCAUGAAGUUCUAGGAAGACAUGACAGUCGAGAUGAUUUUGUAGAUUUGGGAAAACAUUUCGAGUAUUCUGAUCAUGAAAGUAAUGGAAGACAUGAUAGCCAAUUCGAAUACGAAGAUUCUAGAAAACAUGGAGAGAUUUCAUCUGGUCUGGAUAGCUUAGGAAUGCAUAGAGAAUAUGGUACUGGGUAUGGAAGUUCAGGAGCUGAUCAUCAAUCUACGUAUGGGAAUUGGAGAAAAUGGUCUGGAGAAAGUCAUAGUAAAUGGGAUGAGGCAACUUUUGAGGGAAGAAGCGAGGAUAGUGUAAAAGAUUGCUCUUCUCGGCGAAGUCCAGGAAUGUCGUUAGGAUCAGGUGCAAUUCGUCGGUCACUUUAUGCCAGGACAGUGUUGGAUUGCGAAGCAGCUUGUUUUGGCGAAAGAGAGUUCAAAUGUGUCUCCUACAGUUACAGAUAUUCCAGUCCUCAUUCAUCGGACAACUGUUUUUUAAGCGAACGACCUUACAAAGGUCUGGAUAUGUCAGCUGAUAGUGAUUCAGAUGUGUACGCAAUGCCACUGCAUCAAGGAUGUCAUACCGUCAGUACUAAGCCCUGGGUUGAGAGUGAGUGUUUUUGGCACGUGCGUUCGGGUUCUUCAGUAGCUGGUACUGCAGUUAAGGCUGCCCUGACUGUCACUGGUUUGGGAGCUUGCGAAGCUGAAUGUAUUAGAGCCCACAGUUUCUUCUGUAGGGGAUUUAGCUUCAGAUUUGAAUCGGCUAUAAUUGGUGACGAUAUAGAAAACUGUAUUUUAACGUCAUCACCGCCUACGUCACUGGAGAAUGGCCGGGGACUUCGUCCCUCCGGUGGACACGAGCUAUACGCACGGGGCAACUAUGGCCGAGGAUGUGAACCAGCGAUUUAUGAUGAUGUUCAACACAGAGACGCUCAAUGUUACUUACAAUAUGACAGCGCGGCAAGACUGACCCCAAAUGCAGUAAGAGGAAGGGCGAGGGUGAAGGACGAUAAAGCUUGCGGGAAGUCAUGUAAUGAAGCACCCUUUAAAUGUCUCAGCUUCUCAUUCAACAACAAAGCCCCACCACACAUUGAAAACUGUCUUCUAUCAGAGAUAAGAUUGUUCGAUCUGCAACGAGGAGUGGACUACGAACAUUCAGCGGACGAUCUUCUGUACGCUUUCGAUCUGUUCAAUGGUCAGUGUUGGAAGAAGGCUUAUGGGAAAUUUGAAGUACCAACAUUGGAAGUACCUCGUCCGCUCUCAGCAUCAUCAGAAGAACAUUAUAUAGAGGAACCACCUUCUGCACCAGGGCCGUACAUUGCAUCUGGUCCAAGCGGCUCAAUUUAUUCCGGACAUGAACCACCAGAGUACUUCGAAAACGGACCAAGUUCCAAGCCUGAUAAACCAUAUAUUGACACAAGCUAUAGACCAAUUCCUUAUAAGCCAAUUCCUGGGCCCGUAUCGAGUUAUUUACCUGAUUCAGAACCUAGUGUACCCUUAAGGCUUAGCACAGUAAAGCCUUAUUACGUAUCGGAACCGUAUUUGCCAAGUUAUCCCGGGUAUAAGCCAGAACCGAAUAGACCGUUCAGGCCGAACAGACCGAAACCAGUUUAUUUGCCUGAAAAACCUUAUCAAGAACCUCAAAGACCAAGUUAUGGUGGAGAUCAUGAUUUAUUGAGUACAUCGUGGAGGCAGUAUACAGUGUCCGGGUUUCCGUGCAGACGUGGCACCACGUGUGAACAGAAUCGCGUGGCAGGACAUUGGGCUUGCGAGCCUGAAGGAGGGGAGAUCGGCUCGUGGGAUUAUUGCUGCUCUCCAACCCAUCGUUGUGGUUACAGCGAGGGUUUCCGAAAACCAUGGUGUUUCGUAGGACCAACGCACGAACAAUGGCGACCUUGCAGUGAAAAAUAUUAUCCAUACUAUCAACAUAAUGUACCGCAUCCAUCGUUAGGACAUCGAGAAGCAGUUCGUCCAAGACCAGACCGCCCCGUGAGCAGACCGCAGUCUGACAGAUUUGUACCGGGGUCUUAUUUACCCGAGGCGGACCGAAGGUACUGGGACGAUUUAUAUAGAGAUGGACCUAAAGCUUAUUACGAUAAGUACGGGAAUCCUUUACCAGGAUAUAGUCGCGUUCCACCAGAAGAUGGUCCGUAUAUAAAAUACGAACGCAAUCCGUCUCGCCCCAGUUCUGGUAACUGGGUCAAACUGCCACAUUACGAUGAGCCCCAGGCCGCUGGAGGACUGGGAAUCCCAAGAUAUUGGCCUAUCGCAUAUUUGCACAAGGACUCCCCACCUAAUUCAACAUACUUUAGAUUCAACGAGACUUCUAACAAUAACGAAUCAGAAAAUACACCUGAUUUAAAAAAUAUACAUUCUGACAGAUCAAACAAUGACAUAGAAAGCAGAUCAAUUGAGGAAAAUCAUAGAAAUCAGAAACAUAUAAAUGUAACACAGAUAGAAGAGGACGAUUAUGAAUUGCCACAAGAUAAAUCUACUACACUUCAGCCAGAAAGUCCAACUACUAGUAUAUCGACUACUUCAAAGCUUGAAACUACUACAGUAGAUCACACUACGGAGAAAGCAGUUCAACAAAAGACAUCACAACUGGAAUCUCCAAGCGACAACUAUGAAGAAGAUUAUGAUAUAAUUAAAGGAAUAGAUGGAAAGCUUAAUGAUUUCACAACAUCUAUAGAAGUGUUCAAUUUAGACGAUGCUAAAACUGCUGAUAAGAAUUCUGAUGUGAAGACAUUAGAAGCUGAAGAGAGACAAAUUGAAGCUAUAGGUCGACUGCUAGCAGCAAAACGUGGAGGAAAACUCAUUAGCAAAACAAACUUAUCUACAAAAAAUAUCGCAGUUGAUAAAGAUUUUAUGGAUUUCAAUUUUAAUAACAGAUUUCCCACAGAAAGGCGUGGAACGGUUAAAAAGAUCAGUAAAGAGGAAUUAAAGAAAGAAAUAUCCAAUGAUAAAAGUUUGGAAGUCAGUGAAACGACCUAUGUUAGACCUCCAAGAGUUUUGACAACCACAGAAAAUAUAAGAAAAGCUAUUGUGAACGGUAAAGUAUUCUAUGAUGCAACGAUACGGGAUCAGAGAGAAUUAUUUUUGAAUUCAACAAGAAAAGCAAAAAGUCUACGAAUACAAGAAAGAUCUAUUAAUUCAAGUAGCAAGAAAAACAUUUUACAGAGAAAUGUGAAUCCAGUGAGAAGAGUCAAAAGAGUUUAUAAAAAGAGAUACAAUCCAGAUGAGGUGCGAAAGAGAUUAUUAGAGCGAGAGAAGAAUAAGACCAUGUAACUUUCGAAUCAUGAGGAAUAUAUAAAUGCUUAUUCUAUAGUUUCCAAUUGUCAGUUCGACCCAAACCUAUUUUGAGUUGAACUGACGAUGCUUUUAAUUAUUAUUUUUUAAAUUUUGAAGGCUACAGACACAUAAUAUUACAUAAAGUGAUUCAUUGAAGAAUACUCGAGCCAUGGGCAUACAGAGAUGUAUUGAUUUGGUAGGUUCUUCAGCUUAAUGAAAUUACAGAAAUAUAAUUAUUUACAAUAGUUGACAGACAAUAUUUCUGAUGUACACAAGUAAAAUAUUUACAAUAUUAUGUUUCAAUAAUAAUUUUUUCCUUCUUACUAGUUUGAAUUAUAUCAAAAUACCUACAUAUAGGAGUACCCACAUUUUAUUAAUUUCUUUUUUUAUUUCCAAUUUCAACUACCAAACUUCACAAAUGCCUUAUCUCCCUCGCUUCUUGCAUUUCUUAAAAUGCAAGAAGCGUACACAUAUGUUUAAAAAUAUUUAAGAUAACGAUACUAUUUAAUCACAAUAUAUAUAAAAAUCUUAAUUAUAAUGUCAUAACAGUUACCAAGCAGAUUAUUUGUAAAUUGAUCGAAGAGUAUAAAUUAAUUAAAAAAUAAAUAAAA